CAGAGAAUUAACCAUGGCGGCUUCACGGGAAGUGUACACCAUGAAAGAGUUCAUGGAGAUCAUAUCCAUUCAAGAGCAGACCUGUUUCCAGAAAUCGCGAUACGAGCAGUCCCGCCGGCAGAAGCGGAAGCAGAAGGAGGAGGUUGAUGAUGACGACGAGGAGGUCGAGCAUCCUUUGGUUACUGAGAUGUUCGGCGAACUUUAUUUCAGAGAGUCGCCGACUUCUACGCUGGAAGGCCUCUUCUCUCCUCCGCGAAUUGGCUUUCCUGCCGCCGCGCCGGAACCCCCCGCGGCGGAAGAGGUGCCGUCCGAGGAGACGACGAAGGCGGCGCGUGAUGACGGCGGCUCUGAUGAUCGUGGAAAUGGGAAGGAGGAUCAGACUCCAGAAUUGGGUUCACCGGCGGCUCCAAAUUAAUGGAAGAAAUGACAUGGAUGCAAAUGGUGGGAGGUAUCCAUGAAUGGAUUGAAAUAUUCUAUGUUUACUGUUAUUGUUAUUGUUGUUAUUGUCGUCUUCGUCAGAAGCUAAGGUUGAUGUAUAUGUAGCU